GCAAAUUGCCUUGUGUAGUUGUUAAGCAAACAGCUAAUAUGUAACAAGGGCUCAGUCCACUGAGUUUAGUGUUCUCAUUGUACCAAAAGUUGAUGAAGGUAAUUGUAUCUCCCUGGUGUUUCUUGUACCUAAUAACUUUACAUUUACAUGUUUUAAUUCUAAAUGCUUGUCAUUUCAGACAAUUGUACAUGACGCAUUUUCAUUGUAACCUGUAAGUUUGGACAUUUUCAAGAGGACAAAGUCGCCCAACAUUACAAACAACUUCAAGUGACUAUCUGUAACAUGGUGCAUCCCUGGUGAUGUGCAGAGAGAGAUGAUAUGGCACAGGCUCCCUUAUCUGAUCCUGAUUGUCUUAUAGAGAUUGUACUGGUGGGGAAAGUUGGAUGUGGGAAGAGUGCUUCAGGAAACACCAUCCUAAGCAGGGAGGAGUUCAAAUCAUCGUGUAGUUUCUCAACUGUGACAAAGACUUGUGAGAGGAAGACAGAAGUUGUUUGUGGGAGGAAGAUAGCUCUCGUGGACACUCCUGGACUAGACUGUGCUGAGGUGUCCAGUUACAAACUGUUUCUAUCCUUAAAGAACAAAACAUACAAAAUCAUCAAUAUCUUCCUGCUGGUGAUCCAGCUGGGCAGGUUCACAAAGGAACAGAAUGCAGCUGUACAAAAGAUGGAGGACAUAUUUGGUGAGGAAGUGAGAGAGUUCACCAUGAUACUCUUCACACAUGGAGACAUGUUGAAACGUACAUCGAUAAAAGACUAUAUCCAGAAAGCAGGUGAACCACUGGGGCAAGUUGUUCAGAGAUAUGGUCAGAGAUACCAUGUGUUCAACAAUGAGUCUGGUCCUUCAAGCCAGGUGACAGAACUGUUUGAGAAGAUCAACAGAAUGCGGACUGUGGUACAUAACAGAUCGUACUACUUUGUUUCAUUCGGAGCAAAGAUGAGUGAAUACAUCUCAAUGAAGACGGGGCUGAGCUUUUGGAUUGUCGAGAAAGAAUUGGACCGGGGAAUACUUAUCGUAACCGACGGUUUUACAUAUCUAUCAGUAAUGGAGGACAUUAUGGAUUAUGAUGUAAAACGACUGGAGGAAAUAAAAAGACUUGAGGAGGAGAGGAAACGACUUGACAAGGAGAGACAAGAAUAUAAGGAAAUGGAAAUAAUGUUUAAGAUGCCGAGGAUCUAUGGACCUCUGUGGAGAAACAGGCGUGAGGAGGAGCGAGAAAGACUUAAGGAGGAGCGAGAAAGACUUAAGGAGGAGCGAGAAAGACUUGAGGAGGAGCGAGAAAGACUUGAGGAGGAGAGAAAAAGACUUGAGGAGGAGAGAAAAAGACUUGAGGAGAUGGAAAUAUUUGAGGAGCUGUGGAGCUGUAGAUAUGUGGUAAGAAACAGAAGUGAGGAGGAGAGAAAAAGACUUGAGCAGAGAGAGAGAUGUGAGGAGGAGAGAGAAAGAUGGAAGGAGGAGAGCGAAAGACGUGACUGA